AUGGCAGCCGGCCCCGGGCCUGUUCCGGUGGAGGUGGACGACCUCCCAGAAGGUUGGGAGGCCUUUGCCACCAAUGAUGGCCAGACCUACUUUUGUUUCCCCCAGGUCUAUUACUACUGCAGGGCCUUGGAGAAGGUCCAGUGGCAGCGGCCCAAUGCAGAGGAUGCCCAAGAGCCAUUCGUUGGGGAAACGAUCCAUGGUCGGACGCCAUACCGGAAAGGUGAUGAGUUCAUCCCGGAUCCGCCUCCUCCAAAGCCGUAUGACGGACCACUCGCAGACCAAAACUACAAGGCCUCGAACGAAGACCCGGAGGACGUGUUUCAGCCUGACGAGGACAUGUUGGAGGCAUGCCUUGAGUGCGACAUCAACAAGCUCAAAGCUGCGCUCGAGGAUGGUGCUGAUGUCUCUCUGCCCAACCAGCCGUGGCAGAACACACCGCUCCACCUAGCGAACUGCCCGUACUUCUGGGACGCAGACUUGAUGGCCAGAGAGAAGGCUCUGCGAUAUGAGAUGGCAGAGUACCUGGUGCGCCAGGGGGCCGACAUCGACGCCGAGAACAUCUUCCGCUGCAAACCCAUCGAUUUGGCCAUCUUCCAUGGCUACGAGGGCACCGUGAAGCUGCUCCAGUCUGAAGGAGGGAAGCCCGGGAUGUUUGGAGCGGCCUAUCUGGGUGAUCUGGAGCGCAUCAAGGAGCUCCUUGAGGAGGGAGUUGACAUCGACCUCAAGGGACGCUACAGGCGCACGGCCUUUGCCGAAGCCCAUCUGCGUGGCCACUUUGCAGUCGAGGCCUUCCUAGUGCAGCAGGGCUGCAGCCGCGAGAUCCCGCACCCCGAGCAUUUGAAGUUCAAUCCCGGUGGUGCGGCCAUCCCGCGGGGUGGUGUGGUGCCCAAGCGGGAGAAGCAGUACACUCGCGAAGAGGAUGCAGAGUGGUACGACGACAUGAUGGAGAAGCGCUACCCUGGAUACAUGGAGAAGUUCAUGAAAGCUGGCAAGUGA